GCUUUAAUAGAUGAAGACAAGCUCUUGUCUCGGCUGGAAAUGUUGGAGAACCAGCUUCAUAUAUACUCUAAGAACCAUAGUGAAGAUUCACUUAGGCAAGAGCUGCAGGCUUUACAGGAAGACAAGAACAAAUAUGAAACAACAUCCAAGGAAUCCUUGAGACGAGUUCUACAGGAAAAAUUGGAGGCAGUUACAAAACUUUCUGACCUGGAGCAGUCUCUGAGUAACAUGAAGGAUGAAUGCUCCCAUCUGAAGAACAUGUGUGAGGGCUCCCAGCAUGAGCUGGGGCAGCUGGCGGAGAAGUACCAGGAGCAGUUAAAGGAGGUGGCGGAUUUGCAGGAGAAGCUACAGGAAGCUGAACAGAACCACGCCGCGGAGCUGGAGAAGGUAGAACAAGAAAAGGCAGAGAUCUCUCAAAAACUGGAAGAAAUGAUGCAUCAAGAGUCAUCCUUAUCAGCAAAGAUUGAGUCUUUACAGCAGGACCAUGAUUUUACCAAGGAGCAGCUGGCAGCUAUGAAAGCUAAACUGGAAUCUAUCAAAGAGACAAAUGAGGAUGACCAGAAAUUGACAGAACUGGAGCUCAAUGGUUCUACGGCUGAAGAAAUAGACAUUAUACCCUUGGGUCUCUCCAAAGAAGAUGACGUUCCUGAGAAUUUGGAAGCAAAACUGAAAGACCUACAAAAGCUAAUAGAAACAUAUAAGGGCAAAUUGGAAAGCUCAGACAACAAAGUGAAAGAAGGCAAUGAAAAAAUAGAGCAGCUACAAAAAGAGCUUGAAACAGCAGUAACAAAGUCAUGGGAGUAUCAGAAGAAGAUAUCAUUUUUAGAAGUGCAAUUGAGAGAAUCUGCUAAACAGAGCAGCAGCAGCAAUGAUUGGAUAGAGACUAUGAAAGAUCACAUUCAUCUGAUGGAGAAGGAGCUGACGCUGCACACGCCAGUCAACUCAGUGGAGAACUCCACCGAGAGCCUCGACGGAGACGGCUCCGCAGAUCUGGAUUCUUCCUCUUCUUCCUCCCCUUCCCGAAGCAACGUCUCCAACGUGACCUUGCUGGCCAGCCCUCCAGAUCUCAUCAGCAACACGGUUGUCAAUGGCAGCAAAGAGGGCACAUCUGCCCAGGAACAAGAUAUGGAUACCACCGUGGGUGCUGAACUGAAACAGGCUGCAAAUGGCGAAGCAGGUGCCACUUGUCUUGAGGAAGAUGAAAACCUUCAAGCAUUAUUAGAAGAAGCUCGGCAGGCUCAGAACAGAGCAGAAGUUGAACUCAGGAAAUACAAAGAUGACAUCACAGACUCUGAAUGCAAGCUUCAGAAGAAGUCAGAAGAGGCGUCCUCCCUGAGGACUCAGCUGUUUGAUGCCCAGCAGGAGGCCAAGGAGAAGGCUAAUCUGGUUAAGGAUCUGCAAGAACAAGUGAAGAAAGCAGAAUCAUUCACUCAGGAUGUCAAACAACAGAUUCUUGAUUUAAGAGAUCAACUAGAGAAUGAAAGGACUAAGAACAAAGCCACCGAAAGGGAACUAGAGGAGGCAAAAAUGCAGCUGGCAACAUGGCAACAGAAUGCCAAACAGAACCACAAUGAAACGGAACACUUACGAGACAAGUUGAGGCAUUUGCAAGAAGAAUUGGAGUCGGAAAGGAAUCGAAGAGACUCUCAACGUCAUGGAGGGCUCACAGGCAAGAGCAAAGAGUACCAAGCUCUCAAGGAAGAGUGUGCCAACUUAAGAAAGCGAAUUCAAGCCAUUGAGGCGGAGAUGAAGAUGUCAAGGAAGGAGAACCUCCACCUGUCCUCAGAGUACAACAAGCUGCAGGAAUCUUACAAGCACCUUGAGUCCCUCAAGGUCAAGCUAGAAACCAGCCAGGUGUCCUGGCAGUGCAACCUCACUGACGCCCAGAAGGAUGCGCACGGGAUUCGUCAGGAGCUGGAGGAGGCCAACAAAGAACUCAGCCAGUUGAGGGGUUUAUGCGAGGAGAAGUCCGAAAUAAUAGGCAGCUUACAGAAACAGAUCACAGACAUGACCUCGGAGUACCAUAAUUUACAGAACAAGUCACGCAUGGUUUCGUUGGUGUCCAGCAUCCCUCUGCUGAUGCUUCUGUUUGCUGUUCUGAUGGCCAUCUACCCAACUCUCGAAGCAAUCACAUCAUAG